AUGGCCGCCCUGGCAUUGCUUCUCGCAUUGCCUGGGGCUCUGGCGGAUGCUGAAGACGCUCGCCCGACACCGCCUACCAUGGCCGGAAACCCGCUAGUGGCUUUGGCCGGCGCUGUCGUCGGCGUCAUAUUACACUUGCUCGGCCUCAUCCAGCAAGUCAUCACUUUCAUCACUAUCACUCUCCCAACCCUGCCAAGCCCGUCCCCUCCCACGCUCACUAACUCGCUGCCCUUGGUGGACACGGAUAUCACUGAGCGAAAGCGGUCGUCAAACCCCCUUCAUUCCUACCUCGAUGACUUUCUCUCGGCUAUUCGUAUCUUUGGAUAUCUUGAGAAGCCUAUUUUCCACGAACUGAGCCGUCAUUUGCAGACCCGCCGCCUGGCAGCUGGCGACACGAUUGAGGUCGGGGGUGGGGACUUUUGGUGUGUCGUUGAAGGCAACGUGCAAGUGUUUGCCCCCUCCGCAGACUCAGAGGACACGAUACCAGACCCACUGAGCUCAAACGGGAGCUUCAACGGGUAUAAUCUCGUCAACGAGGUUUCCACAGGCGGUACCCUCUCCUCUCUUUUCUCUAUUCUUUCUCUUUUUACGGAAGACAUCAAGCUGUCGUGGGACUCUGAAGCCCUAUCUCCUGAUCGUGCUGCCUCUGAGGAGGUGCCUCGCACUCGCGCUAAUUCUGAUGUAUCCCAACUCGACGGCAGAGUUAUGGGUCUGAGCCCUUUGGAAUCCACGAACAUUGCUCUCGAAGAGGAUGGCGACCCGAAGACUCCCGUUCACACGGAUGAGGACAAGUCCCAGGAACCAGAGUCAUCUCCUUUAUCCGACGAAGCUCAAAGUCCCAGCUCAAUUUCGAACUCUCAGCCCGGAAGUUCGGUGACUUCCCCGCAGGCGACCUCUCCUCUUCCGGCGUCACCAUCUAUCGAGGCAACACCGAUCAUCACUAUGAAGCCGUUUCCUCCGGACAUCAGAAUUGGUGCUUCAGGCAGAGGCACCCCAGAGGACCGCCGAUCAACGAAGCCGAAGAUCCGAAAUCCUAUGAAAGGCGUCAUCGCUCGAGCCACAGUGGAUACGACUCUGGCUGUCAUACCGGCGGAGGCGUUCCGCAAGGUGACUAGAAAGUACCCAAAGGCUACGGGUACCAUUGUGCAAGUGGUUCUGGAGCGCUUUUCCCGAGUGACAUUCAUGACUGCUCACAAGUUUUUCGGUCUCACGCGAGAGAUCCUGCGCUCUGAGGCAUCGCUUAACUCUAUGGUUUCUUAUCCUCUUCCACGCAGUUUUUACGCAGGAGGGGGAAUGCAAAUUCUCCGCGAAAAGUUCGAGCCGUCUCUCAGGCGCGGUCGUGACCGCAAGCAAGACGACUUGAUGAAGGAUUACUUCUCGUAUGUGCCAACGAGUCCGAACACCCGAAACGUGUCUCUUCCGUCCUCACGACUGGACACCCCGCUCCGUCGCCCACCACUUAGUGGAUCAGACAGUCAUUCUAAGCGUACGUCUGAUUCUGAGGAGACCGCCAUUGGUGCCAACGAAUACCACGACACUCGCUCGCACAGCCCUCUGAACGCUUUCACUCCCAGACGUCAGCAAUCGGCGCAUCGCAAGGAAGUGGCCGCAGGCGACCUGGCCGUGUUACAGGACGACGGCGAAGAAGAUACCUUUUACCGUCCUAUCAAGACGCCUGGUCUGCCACGAAUCGACACCUGGCGGGGCCGCAUCCCGUCCAUUUCCUCGAACGACUUCUACUCUGACGCCGAGGCAGAGGAGGUGGAGGAGGAAUUGGAGGCGGAGUUGCGAGGGAUGCUCGUUGAGUGCAUUGCCAAAUCGAUCGGCCUUCUUCAACCGGCCGAUAGCCAUCCCGACUCUGCCCGUCGGUCUGUGUCUGCUUCGUCCAGCCCGGGCUCGCCAAUGUUCCUUCCGUCGGGUCGCCCUGCUAGCAUGCGUGGGCCUUUUGGAAACGUUCUCGACAUGAUCAAUGCCUCUCCUGGUGGCAAUGACAAUAUCAGCGGUCUUCUUCGGGAAAGCUUGAUGAACGCCCGCCUGCAGGCCGAUGACGAUCAGAGCAGUAUCUCUGCAAGCAUGCAGGAGAGUUCGCUCCAGGGUGGUCCCCCGGACGUCAACUCCGCCAUCAUGCGUGAUCUCGGAAAUCGACUAGAGGUUCUACGCUUCAAGAAAGGGUCUACAUUGGUGAAGCAGGGUGAGCGUGCUCCCGGUCUGUAUUAUGUAUCCAUAUCCACCACGCCAGCCUUUGAGGACCACGGCUCCUCCACCAAUCUGAGUUCGCAUCGUCAACCGGAAUCGUCGUCUCGCAGUCGGCCCUUCAGCGCAGGCAUGGGACAAGCAGAUCCCGGAUCACCUGUGGCGUCCUUCAGUGGCGCCGGAAGUGCCGAUGAGGAGCAUCUCUAUACUGUUAACCCCGGAGGGCUCGCAGGUUAUCUCUCAUCUCUCUGCGGAACCGAAUCUUACGUGAAGAUCACUGCCAAGACAGAUUGCUACGUUGGAUUUGUUCCACGACAGGCUCUUGAGCGCAUCAUCGAACGUCGUCCGUUGGUGCUUCUUACCCUCUCGAAGCGUCUCCUCUCUCUGCUCUCGCCUUUAGUCCUCCUCAUCGACGCUGGCCUGGACUGGAUGCAACUGGGGGCUGGCCAGAUUCUGUUUGAGAAGGGCUCGAAAGCCACAGAUUUUUAUAUCGUCAUCAAUGGACGUUUGCGUUCUGUCGUUCAGAAAGCAGACAGCGAAAGCGUCGAAGUACUCCGCGAAUACAGCCAGGACGAUUCGAUCGGAGAACUGGACGUGAUCACUGGUGCCGACCACCCUGUUACGGUACAGGCCAUUCGCGAGACUGAACUGGUACGAAUUCCUUCCGCGCUCUUUGAUGCCAUCAGCACGCGCCACCCCGCCACGACGGUGCAGUUUAUGCGGCUCAUUGCCUCUCGCGUACGGAAAGGUCUGUCUGAGCAGGUCCUGAAGCACACGCAUCAUCAUCACGGCGGGGAGCUUCGCGCCGACAGGAAUCUCAAGACGGUUUGUAUCUUGGGCGUCAACAAGAACGUUCCGGUCGCCCAGUUCGCUGCCAAACUGAAGGCGUCACUCGACGAGAUGGGCGAAGCCUCCUCGUAUCUCGACCAAGCAACAGUGAUGCGCCAUCUAGGCAGACAUGCUUUCUCACGCAUGGGAGCUUUGAAGAUCGCUGGAUGGCUUUCUGAUCAGGAAGAGCAGCACCGCAUCGUCCUGUACGUUGCCGAUACCCCGCCCUCAAGCCAGUGGACACAGACGUGCAUACGCCAGGCCGAUUUGAUUCUCGUGCUGGGAAUGGGUGACGACCCUUCUAUCGGCGAGUACGAAAAAGUGCUCCUGGCCAUGAAAUCGUACGCUCGCAAGGAACUGGUUUUGCUCCAUGACGAUCGGUUUGUUCCGCGCGGUUCGACUCGUCUGUGGCUGAAGAACCGUCCCUACAUUCAAGGUCACUUCCACGUCGAGUUACCAGGGCACAUCACAUCUACCAAGAGUACUAAGAUCCACGACCCCGCCGGAACCGCAGCUUUCAAACAUCUUCGAGAGCGCGUUGAAACUCGCAUUAAGCAGUAUCGCGGUCUGCGGCCUCUCGGCCGGCCAAGGAGACCGCCACACAUGAACGACUUUGCCCGCAUCGCGCGCCGUCUUUUGGGGAAGCAAGUGGGGCUUGUCCUAGGCGGCGGUGGGGCUCGUGGUAUUUCGCACUUGGGAAUGCUUCAAGCUCUCGAGGAAAGUGGGAUCCCUGUCGAUGCCAUCGCUGGCUGCUCCAUUGGUUCAUUCGUCGGAGGACUUUAUGCAGGUGCCACCGACCUCAUCGAAACGACGGGCCGAGUCAAGCAAUUCUCCGGGCGUAUGGGUUCCAUGCUGCGUAUUCUGAGUGACGUGACCUACCCUCACGCUGCUUACACGACUGGCCACGAGUUCAUGCUCGUCGAUGGAGGAUACAUGGACAACACGCCCAUCUCACCUCUUCGUGCAAGUGGUAUUCAAGACGUCAUAGUUGUCGAUGUUGGGUCCAUUGACGACACGUCGGCCCGCAACUAUGGCGACUCCGUUUCGGGAUGGUGGCUGUUCAUCAACAAGUUCAACCCCUUCUACAAGACCGUUGUCCCCAGCAUGACGGAAAUUUCAUCGCGGUUGACUUAUGUUUCGAGCGUCCGGACUCUGGAGGACGUCAAGAGCGAUCCGAAGAUUCUGUACAUGGCGAUGCCUGUUCAGGACGUAGAGACGAUCGGAGGAUUCAAGAAGUUUAGCGAGGUUCGGGAGAUUGGUCUGCAUGCCGCACGCAAGCAGCUGAAGGCAUGGGCGGAGGAGGGCCGUCUGCCUCAUCCGAUCGCAGACAAGUCGCACGGUGCGAUAGGUCAACAGAAGAACACCCGCAUGCGCCGCAGCUCUAUAUAG